UAAUGCAAAUUGGUGUGAAUGUGGAAAUUGUUGAGCAAUGGAAACCGAUACUGAAAGCGUGUGCUGUGUCGAGUCAAACGAAAUUCCUGAUGAGUUUUUCCAAGGUCAUAAAUGCGUUACAGAAGCUGCUGAUUUUCAAGUGGUUGUUUUGACAAAAGCUGUUUUAGAAACUGCGUUAUCUGCAUUGCAUGAUUUGAGAGGAGACACUUUAGAAUUAAAAAAUGAAUCUUAUCGUUACGCUGGUUAUAAACAGUUCACUUGGUGGAUACACAGUCGAUUGGGAAAAGGGGUGAGAAGAGUGAUUCCUUCUUGUGUAGUAUGGGCAAUUCGAAGAAAAUAUCCGGCAGAAGAUGAAAAAUAUGUUUUAUUCAAAGAAAGUUGA